UAGGGGAUUUAUUCAAUCCAUUUCUCCUGAGGAUGUAAAACAUCCUCUGGACAUGUGUGUUAGAUUUAUUCAAUCCAUUUAUCUCUCUCUAUUUUUCUCUCUCUCUCUUUUUUGAGCUUGAUCUAGACGAGAUGAUAAAUGUAUUAUCAAAUGUUUAAUAGAAAUUAAGAAACAAAGGCUAGGCAAGAAAUGUAUUGACAUAAUAAAUCUUUGAGCGUAUAUCUUAAAUUGUCAGAUUUUUAAUUUGUUUGCAAAGAAAUGUCUCAAUGAGAUAUUUAAAUAUAAAUAACACGAUUGUAAUUACAUUUUUUGUUUCAUAAGGCACAUUGUUAUGGGAUUGACUCAAUGCGGUCAAUUUCUGCUCACAUAUACAUAUAUGGUGGAGGUCAGCAGUAAUACGUCCUUGUUUAAGUAUCUAUUACACUGGUGGGCCUUUACACCGAAUCAUGUUGCUCGCAAAGUUGCCGAAGUUACGUUGUUUGGCAAUUAUUCAAUUUAUAGGGAGUUAAGCAUAGUUAUAUCACAAUGGCCAAUGGAACGAAAUAAGCUUGUAAUACAUGGCCUCUGUACAAAUUUCUUACAUUUACAAUCGACUGAUAGAGCAUAUUUAACUAUAACGACGGUACCGUCUCUAGAGAACUGCAAAGAUUGCCUAAAGGUCGCUGCAUCAUACGAGGAAGAAGGUGAAGAAUUAGCUGCGAAUUGGGAUUGCUGCGUGCGAUGUAACUGCUUACAACACGGUCUCACGGUUCAUACAACAUACGAAGUCAUCUCACCGUACCCGAAAUUUCGUGCUAAAGUAUGUUUAAAUUAUUGGAAUCAUGUGGUGGUCAACACGGGAAACUUCUUGCACGUUCUCAGAGUAGACUUGAAUAUACCCAAGUCGAAGAAUCAGAGGACGUGUGAUAAACCGAUUACCUCUGAUUCUAUGGUUCCGGAUACAAUCCCGUUGGAUAUGAGUGACAUUGAAGAGGCGGAUUAUUCAACGAGGGCAGAGCGAUACGAAAGCUCCGACGAGAAGAUAGGUACGCCAGAGUGCCCGCUCGAUCGAUCACCGAAAUGCGAAUCCAGCCUGGAGCACGACUUUCUAGACGAGGCAAUUAAGUUAGAAGCGAGAUUAGGACGUGAUUUACCGUUAAAUACCUCAAGCAGCAAUCAAAGCGACUAUGUCUGUGAUAUAAAUAAUAGUAAGUCUACCGCUGCCGAUGCUUUAGAUAUUAAGUUAUGCGAAUGCUCGGAUAUGACCGAGCAAUGCAAGUGCCGAAAUAGCAACAGCAGCCCGAUCUCCCAGCGGCCGCCAGGUGGCAUCGAACAGACGGCCAUCUCGGUUCGGGACAAGAUCCUGCAAGAUUUUUGCGAGGACACGUCGCAGGAACUCAAUAUUGGCAGCGAUCUGAUCACGCUGGUGAAACAUCCGUCGUGUUCGCCGCGCUCGACGCCGCAGAGGCUGCCCGCCGAUCUCAGGACGACGACGACAGCGGCAUGGUCGUUGCCGAUAUUCACUCCGCCGUCGGAUAUUCUGCGCACUCGCAAUUCGGAAUCUAGUCACAGAACCCAGAUCCAACGGACUAAUAACAGCGGCCAACAAUCCAGUUCUAGUUCGUCGCAAUCCACAAGUGCUCCGGACAAUUCCGUGGCUUCCAUAAACUCGCCGUUGCAGUCCGUUUCGAUCGGUAGCCCAUCUUCCUCGUAUUCGUCCCGCUUGAUGUCACCACCCACCGCGACCAGAUCUUUUCGUCAUCCGAGCCCGCGCAAGAGAUCGAAUCUGCACUCGCCUCCACCUGUCGUGAACCCGAGUCAGUCAACGAGAACAACGAGAGCGACGCACAAGCUCAUCCUCGAAGCGGAGAAGGCGUACGAGUUUACCGAUGAGACGCAGGAGACAACCUGCGAGAAGCUCAGUUCGUUCAGGAAACGCCGACUUGCUGACAAGAAGUACGAGUUUUGCGACGAGACGGAAGAUGCGGAGAAUAUAGUUCCUUUCAAGCACAUACGCGAUCAAUUCAGGCAUCGUGGUGCCUGCUCCAUACAUCUAAUAUCCUCCUCACCGGCAAUAUCGCCGGCGGUGCUGCCGAAUGGCCGAAGGCAUUGGCUCGAUUCGGAUCAGGGCGAAUCAGAUGAAUUGAAUCUUGCUCAAGAUAUAGCCAACGACUUGUCGAAUCCCGAAUCAGCUGAGAAAAAUGUACUUCGACCGUUGAAUCAGAACCAACUGUCCAACGGAAGCGUGCGUGAUAGAGAUCGCGUCGGCAAGUGUUGCCCGAAUUUCUCACCUUUGGUUCCUAAGAAUAACUUGCAAUAUCCUUCGAUAAAGUGUACCGCGCGCUUCAAACGGAGCUACAUAGAGCUUGACGACGAGAUGAUAUCAGUCAUUACGGAUGUGGAAGAUGAAGAGACAGGAGGGUACGUAAGUUACCAAUGCGUACUUCCGAUGCUUGUGCACGGUUCCGGAUAUGUUCAAAUGCAGAUGAUAAGCAAUAGUAAAGCGGAAAAACUGAUAGUACCGUGUGUCUCUAUAACUCAAUUGAGUUUCGAUAUCGAGACUUUCUCUCACCAUAUAGCGGAUUGGAUUUGCACGAGAUUCAAGAAAAAGUAUUGGCAUUGCAGCGACUAUGAUAUCGAAAUGAUCGAUGUAUGUGCGCUUACUGGCGACAUUAUAUGUUUGCAUAUAAUGAAGAUCCAGGCAAGUGAGUUAUGCAGCCAAACGCAAUGUACGCAAGAGAGAAAGCAAUACGAAGUUGGAUGUAAGUUCACGUGGAACAUCGAGACGAGCCAGUACAGAAUAACGGAUGUGUUGCCGAUGGAGGAGGUGAAGCCGGAAUCCUGGAAGCCGACCCUUACAAAUGUACCGAAUUUUCGUAGCCAGUUGUGGAAUCCAACGCGUCGUUUGGCUACGCAGUUACGUGAAAAGAUUCAACAACCGUACGCACAUACCGUACGUUUUCUGCACAACGAGAUAAGUUUAGCGGGCGAAUCUAUCACCAAGCUCACCGAUUUGGACAAUCUGGUGCAGUUCUACCUAACGCCGACGAACGACGCCUUAAUAGAGUGAGGAAGAUACAGAAGCCAUCGCACUUCAUUGCAAACAAUAAUUUAUUUAUUGAUACAAAUUUCGCCGUUUUUGCCGAUUUGCGCCUAUCCACGGCAUAUAAUGUAAAUAGGAAUGUAUUUCGCGUUUUACUUAUGACAAAUAACAAAGAGUAUCUUCUUUUCAAGCAUAAAUAACAGACACAGGGAGAGGAAUAUAUAAGCGC